GGCUGUGCCUGGGACAGGGUUUAAAUUCCCCGAGGUCAGAGAUGUCAGGCAGUCGGGGAAGGGGAGAAAGCCAGAGUUCCUGGGAGCCAACUGGCUGAAGCUGCCACUAGGAUCACUAAAAGCACUCUUGCAGCAGCUGACUCCUGCACCAGAAAAGGUAAAUCGUUACGAUGAAGGUGGCAGUUCUGUGUUUAUGCUUUAUCAGUAUCACCGCUGCAUGGCCAGUGAGUAAAUCCAAGCACCAUGCCAUUUCUGCCAGCUCCGAAGAAAAAUAUGAUGCCAGGGGCCAUCACUCACACAGGUAUCGACACCACCACGUGAAUUCUCAGUCUUGGGAGAGUCUGGAGCACCCACAGAAUGACCUGGCAUCACCUCAGCAGACUCUUUACUCUUCAGAAGAAAGUGUGGACCUCCCAGUAAAACCACACUUCCCUGAUGUGUCAAGCAAAAGCCAUGAAGAUGUGGAUGAUGAUGAUGAUGAUGAAGAUGAUUCCAAUGACACGGAUGAAUCUGAUGAGGUUGUCACAAGUUUUCCCACAGAAAUUCCAGUAACUGUACCAUUCCCCCCUUUCACCCGGGGAGACAAUGCCGGCAGAGGUGACAGCGUGGGCUACAGGGUGAGGGCAGUGAAGUCUAGCAAACUCCACAAAGCUGCAAAAAAGCUUAUUGCGUAUGAUGCCACGGAGGAGGAUGAGAGCGUUCCAGAUGCAGACAGCCAGCAAGCAGGGCUCUCCCAGGAGGAUUCUGCCACCCGCCACUCCCUGGGGAAGCACACUGUCAGCGGGGAAUGGGCUGACAAGAGCCACGGGCAGGACAGCAGCGAGCUGGACAGCAAGCACUGUGACCAAAGUGUGGAAAAUGACAGCUGGCAGAAAUUCGACAGCCGUGAGGCAGAAGCUGAUAGCAAGGCUAGUGUCAGAGGGGAUAGCCACCAGAGCGUGGAAAGCAGGGAGAGACAGCAGAGCGUGGAAAGCAGGGAGAGCCAGCAGAGUGUGGAAAGCAGGGAGAGCCGCGUCUCAGCUGAGAGUCCUGACGAUAACAGUAACCAAACAUUGGAGAGUGCUGAGGAUGCUCACGAUCGUCACAGCAUUGAAAAUAAUGAAGUCACCCUUUAAAGGGGGACGAGUGUCAUGUUCCCCUUUUUCAGUUCCUGCCUAAGGGGAGGGGGUUGCAGCUUCAUUUUGGGUACCUGUACAGCGUAGGGCAUAUGGUGACUUCCUGGGUUUGGGGCUCUUCUUUGCCCAGUGGCCUCCCCUUGGCCGCCAGCAGUGCCCACGCCCCACAUGCUGUGCCGGCCUCGCGGGACGCGGUGACGGCGGUGCAGGGCGGCCAGACGACACUGUGGGCACGCUGCUCUCCGUGCUGCCAGCCUGUACUUUACUUGCUGUAACUGGAUUGCAAUAAAGCCACAACAACUCGUA